AUGGUGAAGAAAGGGAAGGAUGGUGAUGAGGUGAUGAAGCUAACAAAGGAGGCUAAGUCAUGGGAUUUCACUUGCACAUUUUGCUUCAAGAGAUUCCCUUCGGCUCAGGCGUUGGGCGGCCACCAAAACGCCCACCGCAACGAGCGUAUGGAGGAGAAGAGGCUCUUCGUGAGGGAUCCCAUAACCUAUCGAAAGCGUGCUUUCCUGCGAUCCGUCAACUCAUCAGCCAGUGAGCCCGAAUACGCGAGCUCUAGCGAUUCUUCACCGGCUAUCAACAAUGCAGAUCAAAACCUUGUGGAGUACAACUUUUUGCCGGUCAAUGAGGUCAAGAGUGUUGCUGAGGAAGACAAGGGGAAUGAGAAUGAUCCAUCAACUCGCCUCAAUUUGGAUUUAACUCUCAAGCUCUAG